GGGACGGCGUGCACAUGAAGCAGUCCGAACCGUGCAGUCUCGUUGGCAUCGAUUCAUCGAAUUAUUGGUCGCUGGUGGCUGUUCGUAUUUCGAUAUUGCGAACAUGGCACGGAAAUCCUCCUCCCUGCUCGGACUCGCCAACGGCGUCAGCCACCAGCUGUUCCACCCCGUGCCGGACUCCGCACCACCGUACCCCGCCAAGCGUCACACUAAGAUCUCCGUGGUUGGCGCCGGCAACGUCGGCAUGGCCAUCGCGCAGACUAUCCUCACGCAGCACCUCGUCGAUGAGCUCGCACUCGUGGACAGAAAGGCCGACAUGCUCCGGGGCGAGAUGCUCGACCUCCAACACGCGGCCGCCUUCCUCCCCCACACCCGCAUCCUCUCCUCGACGGAGCUGGACGUCACCGCCGGCUCCGACAUCUGCAUCAUCACCGCAGGCGUCCGGCAGAUGCCGGGAGAGACGCGGCUCAACCUGUUCCAGCGCAACCUCGCUCUCUUCAAGCAGAUCGUGCCCCCGGUGGCGCGGCACUCCCCGGACGCCCUGCUGCUCGUCGUCUCUAACCCGGUCGACGUGCUGGCGUACAUCGCGUGGAAGCUCUCAGGCUUCCCCUCCAAUCGGGUCAUCGGGUCGGGGACCAACCUCGACUCCUCGAGAUUGCGCUUCCAGCUCGCACAACGCCUCCAGGUCAACGCUCAAGACGUUCAGGCGUACAUGGUGGGUGAGCACGGAGACGGCUCGAUCGCGCUGUGGUCGAGCAUAAGCGUCGGGGGAGUCCCGAUCGGCCUAGGCCACCUGGCGAACGGAAAGAAGACGGCGGAGGCGGCGGAGGAGCUGGAGGAGAUACGAAAGUCAGUGGUGGACGGCGCGUACGAGGUGAUCUAUCUCAAGGGGUACACGUCGUGGGCGAUCGGGUACUCGGUGGCGGACCUGGUGCGUUCCCUGGUCCGCGACCUACACCGUGUCCACCCGGUCUCGCUGCUGGCGAAGGGGUCCUACGGCAUCCCUGAGGACCGAGAGGUCUUCCUCAGCCUGCCGGCGAAGCUCGGAAGCAGCGGUGUGCUCGGCGUUGCCAACUUGGAACUCACGGAGGAGGAGGAGAAGCGGCUCCGAAGCUCCGCCGACACGCUGUGGGAGAUGCAGCAGCAACUGGACCUCAAAGUCAAAUCCUAAGUGAAAAGACGAGCAACAGGAGGAAGUGAAUAAAAUAAAAAUCUGUUGUUGCUGUUAUUACUAAAUACGUCUAUAUAUAUAUAUAUAUAUAUACAAAAAUACCUUUAAAGAUUUAUGAUGUAUAAUUUUAAAAUCAUGGUAACAGUAAUUAUAAAUUUAUGGUGUAUAAUUU